GUAAUACGCGUAGAGCCCACGAAUAGUGCUAUUGGGCUUGCCGACUACAGACGCAGAAAAUAAAGUAAAAAGGGCUUCCGGAAUUGGACGUUGAAUACAUGUAUGUGGUUGUGAGGUAUGUGAGUUGAAGGAAUGAAGAGACGUGCGCUAUCGCAGGGGAGCCAGUGGUGUCGGGUCAUGUAGUAAUCACUUCAAUGGCACGCGUUCUCUCCCUGAUCCGGACUCAACCAUUCCUUGCUCUCCUGGGGAGGAGGACAAUGUCGCUCGACCGUGGGGCGCGGGAGGUGUUUGCUGCGGCGGUGGAAGGCGUACAGCCGGAUAUCGUCAUCCGGCAGAGUUUGGAACGCCAAAGCAACUCCAUGGUGGUUGUUGGUAGCUGCGGUGGCAAGUUCCCGCUGAGAAACAAUGUGCACGUGGUGGGCUUUGGAAAAGCGGUGCUGGGCAUGGCCGCCGAAGCUGAGAAGAUCCUGGGAGAACAUUUGGUGGGAGGAGUCAUCAGCGUGCCGCAUGGCAUUCAGCAGACAUUACGGCAGCAUGGCAAACACCACCUGCUGUUAAAGGAAAGAAGCCGUAUCCAAGUCAUGGAGGGCGCUCAACACAACCUGCCCGACGCCGACUCCCUGAAGGCAGCAGAAUGUAUUGCGAGGCUUGCAAAUGCGUUGACGGAGGACGACCUGCUUCUCGUGCUGAUUUCAGGUGGGGGCUCCGCAUUGCUCCCCGCACCCGUCUCGCCAAUGACGCUCCAAGAGAAACUGGACAUCACCCGUAAACUGGCAGCCGCCGGCGCCACCAUUCAAGAGCUGAACACCGUACGACGCGCCUUCUCCGUGUUAAAGGGAGGAGGACUUGCACAGUGUGCACACCCUGCUCAGGUGGUGGCAUUGAUACUAUCAGAUGUGAUCGGUGACCCACUGGACCUGAUAGCGAGCGGCCCCACAGUGCGGGGUCCGAUAUAUCGUGACGAGGUGCUGGCAGUCCUUGAAUGCUACGGCUUGCUGGACUCUGCCCCUGCCUCUGUGAAGGACGUGCUAGCUGGACUUGGUUCGCGCCAGGGAGUUGAAAUAGACAAGGCUGGGCGCGUUCUCAACGUAGUGAUCGGCUCCAACAACAUUGCCCUCCAGCACGCCGGCCGCCGGGCGAUUGAGCUGGGUUACCGCCCCAUCAUGCUCUCCCCGGGAGUGUGCGGUGACGUGAGGUCAGUGUCCCGUCUUUACGGCCUCCUGGCCCACUUCGCCUGCUCGCGUGGGGAAAACACGUCCGAGCUCGUGAUGAAGCUGGGACCGGAAGUUGGAGUAGAGCGCGGGGACCUUCAGCGUGUUAUGCAGAGUUUGGAGCGUGAUCGCGCGCAAGGACAAGGUAUUACAUGCGUGCUGGCGGGGGGUGAGCCCACCGUGGAACUCAUAGGUAACGGCCGCGGGGGUCGCAACCAGGAGCUGGCUAUGAGAGUGGGCCUGGAGUUGAGGGACUUGCAUCCCCUGGUAGACAGUCCGGUCUUCCUGAGCGGUGGAACCGACGGCCAGGACGGGCCCACCGAGGCGGCGGGAGCUGUCACGGAUGCGGGCUUGUACAAGGAUGCUCAAAAACAACAGUUGGAUAUGCUCAGCUUUCUUAAAAACAACGAUUCUUUUACUUUUUUCACUCGGCUAUCUGGUGGUCGCAACUUGGUUGUCCCGGGGUUAACCUGCACCAAUGUCAUGGAUGUGCACGUUCUGCUCAUUCCAUGUAGUGCCAAAUAGCACGGAGAGGAUAACUACACGGCAUUCUUGCUAUUCUUACAGUUUGUGGGAACCACAAGGGCUUUGGUGAAGGAAAAAAAAAAGUUAAUGUGAGAAAUUAGGUCCCCUGAAAGUUCAACAGCUGUAGUACUCAAUGCACUUUUGAAAAGAAACCUAUUUCGGGGCAUCUUUUGCCACUAUAGAUGACGCACAGCCAUCUGUCUGCCCCACAGCUUAUACAGUAAACUAUAUCUUAUUAUUCCAAUAAGAUUCCAUUUUUUUCCACUUGUGCAAUGCAAGAUUUUUAAUCCUUUAAUUCAAAACCAAUGAUACGUUAUUGCUUCAACUUCAGCCAACAAGUGAUUUAUCAUAGGAGCUGUUUUGUGUUAAGAAAUGCUACUGUUCUGUAUCAAUCGGACAUUAAAAUUAUAAACAAACAA